AUGGGUCGUCUACAUAGCAACGGCAAAGGCAUAUCAGCCAGUGCUAUCCCAUACUCGCGCACACCUCCGACAUGGCUCAAAACAACACCGGAUCAAGUGGUUGAACAGAUAUGCAAGCUUGCUAAGAAGGGCGCAACGCCAUCGCAGAUAGGCGUGGUACUUCGAGAUUCGCAUGGCAUCGCACAGGUCAAGGUUGUUACUGGUAAUAAGAUUCUACGAAUUCUGAAGUCGAAUGGCCUUGCACCAGAAAUACCUGAGGAUCUCUAUAUGCUCAUCAAAAAGGCUGUUGCCGUCCGCAAGCAUCUUGACCGCAACCGCAAGGACAAGGAUUCGAAGUUUCGCCUCAUUCUCAUUGAAUCGCGCAUUCAUCGUCUGUCAAGGUACUACAAGAGCGUAGGCGUGCUACCACCAACAUGGCGGUACGAGAGCGCAACAGCGAGCACUUUGGUAGCAUAG